AUGCUGUCAGUGCUUGACCGAGCGAAACUUGUGAAAGAUGGCUCUCCUUGCAACGGCAAUCCAGUUGGAGGGGUGCCGGCUCAGGAAGUCCUCAUCCAAAGUGGCCAAUCCCUGCAGACGAACAGCAUCGCCCCGGAGCCAGACCUAAACAGCUCCCAGAACAGGUUUGUGCUUGGUGGCAUCCGCGAGAGUGGAGACUACAAGGUGUGCUAUUGUUCUAGCGUCCUGUCCUGUGCAAACCCGUACGACUUUGGCGGGGUGGCUGGAACCGUUAUGGUCUCUGGAGCGCGCACUCAGGUCUACGUUUGCAGACGUGGCUCUGAGUGCUUGAUUGAGCUCAGAGGAUGGCGCUUGGGACCGAACGAUCGCCUGAAGAUCGUUGCCGAGGGAAGCAACUGUGCCGUAGACUCUCCCACUUUUGGAUUCGGUUCCAAUCCGGCAUGGGUGCAGGGACAGGUUACCACCUACUUGGAUGAGACGAACACCACAAGCAUCAACAUCUUCAAUGUCGGUGUUGCGAGGGUGGGGACGCAGGAGGAAGGAUGCCUUCCGGAUGACGUCAACUGCGGCUACAAGUUGUGCUACUGUCCAGGAAUUGGAGACUGUUCAGCUGGCUCCUCCUACACUCAUGCUGCAGGAGCUUUGCGGGUGACAGAGUCUAUCCGGGCCAUCGAAAUCGACACGUCUUUCGCUGUAACUUCCCAUUCGCUCGGCUUGCUUGUCGACUCUUCCUACGGAGGUGGCUUGAUCCGUUGUGUCGUGAACGACGGGCCUGCAACAGAGUGGGGCUUAUACCCUGACUCCAGCUUCUUCACGUUCGGGCCGGGCUCGGGCGAUGUUGGCUGGGGAGCAUCAUCUGGGCAGGCUGCCUCUGGAAAGAACGCCCUGACCAUCCAUUUGACCCAAUUCGUCGAGGCUGGCCAAAUCUUGAGAACCUGGUGCUUCCUCUCGGAUUCGCCCGCUUACGUUUUCCCACCAGAUCUGGAGGGAAUCCAGGUGGCUGUUCCUUUGAGCAUGAAGACGCCAAGGGCAGACUAUCUACCAAGCAAGGGCUGGCACAACAGCUUGCACAGGCUGCUAACCUGCACCAGAGACGAUGCGGUGUUCCGGCACGUGACUUGCAUCUCACUGAGGAUUCAAAUCCUUGAUGUGGCCACCUCACAAGGACUGGUAGGCAGGGGCAAGAAUAAUGGAAAAUCAAAUGGAAACUACUUUAGUAUAUAUAUAUACAGGGUUUUAUGGGGAUAA